AUGACUUCUUACGAGCAAGCUCUGCGCCACAACCAAUGGUCUAUCCCCGCUAUGAAUGCGAUCUCCUGCAUCCUUCGCACCAAGGAGCUAUUCCCCAAAGCGAUCGAGUACCUCCAAAAUAUCCUCAAGUUGGAUCCCACCAAUGGAGAGACCUGGGGCAGCCUGGGUCACUGCCAUCUGAUGAUGGACAACCUGCAGGAGGCCUACACAUCCUAUCAGCAGGCCUUGUAUCACCUGCGCGACCCGAAAGAACCGAAGCUGUGGUACGGAAUCGGAAUACUGUAUGAUCGCUACGGAUCUCUCGAUCAUGCCGAGGAGGCUUUCUCCCAGGUUAUGCGCAUGGCUCCCGAAUUCGAAAAGGCCAAUGAAAUCUAUUUCCGCCUCGGUAUCAUAUACAAGCAGCAGCAAAAAUUCCAGCAGAGUUUGGAAUGUUUCAAAUUCAUUAUUGGCCACGUUCACGAGCAGCAGAAGGACUUUGAGUCCGCUCAGGCUGCUUACCGCCGUGUUCUCGACCGGGAUCCCAAUCAUGCCAAGGUACUUCAGCAGCUGGGAUGGCUCUACCACCAGCAGAGCAACAGCUACGCCAGCCAGGACAAGGCCAUUGAGUUUCUGGAGAAGUCCGUCAGUGCAGACAACAACGAUUCUCAGAGCUGGUAUCUUCUCGGUCGCUGUUACAUGUCGCAGGCCAAGUACCCCAAAGCCUACGAAGCUUAUCAGCAGGCCGUCUACCGGGACGGUCGCAACCCCACAUUCUGGUGCUCGAUCGGAGUUCUUUACUACCAGAUCAACCAGUAUCGCGAUGCGCUCGAUGCCUACUCUCGAGCGAUUCGCCUGAACCCUUACAUAUCCGAAGUUUGGUAUGAUCUGGGUACUUUGUACGAAUCUUGUAACAACCAGAUCGCCGACGCUCUCGAUGCCUAUGGACGCGCAGCGGACCUUGAUCCGACCAAUGUCCACAUCAAGGCUCGUCUGCAGCUGCUCCAGAGUCAACUGUCAGGCUCUGGCCAGCAAGGUAAUGCCCCGGCACCUCAGCCGCAGGAUGUCCAUCCUCAAGCCUACCAGGCACCAGGUGUGGGUGCUCCCCCAGCUCCUCAAUGGGGUGCUCCCGCGCCAGUUGGUCCGACUCCCCAGGCACCCGCUCCGCCUCGACAGAUCGCAGAUUGGAACCGUGGUAUCAAUGACAUCCAGUCGCAGCCGUCCGUUCCACCGGCCAACGGUGUUGAGCCGCGCGACGCCGUCCGCGCUCCUGGCGCUCCUCCGCAAACCAGCCCUCGUCAAGAGCCUGGUCGGGCCUUCCCUGAUCCCCGCGGUGGCGCUCCUCCUCGUUCACCCAAGAUGGGUGGCCCAGGGGCUUACCCGCCCGCCCACACUUUGCCCCAGCUGGGAAACGCGCCGUCCUCUAGUCAUGAACGUGCUUCCAGUGGUAGCUUCGGCCGAGCGGGACCUCUUCCGCCUGCUCCUGGUGGCGCCCCCGCCCCCGCUCCUGCUGGUCCUAACGGCGGUCCGGCUAGCAGUGGUGCUGCUCCCUACCACCGUCCGUUCACUCCUCCCACUGAGAUUCGGCCCAUCCGCGAUGAGCGACCUUCCUCUCCUGGCUCGACUUACCCCCACCAACAGUACCACCACGGCCCUAGCGCGCCUACUCCAGGUGGUAACUCCACUGGCAUCGCAUCGGGCGCGCCUGCACCCGCCGCGGCGGCGGCAGCUGCUGAGGCCGCUGCCCGUGAGCGUGGUGAGGAUCGCCCCACCUCUGCGAUGAAGCGUGGCCGUGAAUGGGAGAGCGAGGGUCCUGUGAAGAAGCAGGCCAACGACGAGAACCGAGCACGAAUGGACGACCAGAGUGCCCGCCGUGUCAGCCCCCCUGCCCGCUUGCCGUCUCCUGGUGAGAUGCAGCGACGCAGCUCCUCGGAGGCCCGCCGUGAGGAUGCCCGUCGGGCCAACGACAACUACCACCCUUCAGAGGCCGCUCAUCAUCCCCCCUACUCUCCCGUCUAUCCAGAACAUGCCACCCCACUCCUCCACGGGACCUAG